CUUAGUUUGUUGUGGCACCAUGACAAGUGGAGGCUGGGUGUGCGCCCUGCAUGUCCGCACGGCGGGGCAGGGGGGCGCCGCUCUGGGCUCCGACGAGGCAGAAACUGUGACCCUCGCGUACGUUGUCAUCGACGUUGUCAGCAACCAGGUGUUGGGGGAACGGGAAUAUGCAGUGCGACCCACAAUAACACCCUCGGAAGAAUUACAAACAGGCCAGCCGUUGGACGUAGUCGUUCAACGGUUCGACGAGUUCGUGCGGUCUCUACAGGUGGACCCCCACUCCCCCCUCUUCAGGCUCGUCGCGGACGGACAACCGCCGCUCAGACAGUGUCUCCACCCAGAGGCGUGCAGCAAAGAACUGGACCUACCCUCAUACUACGCACGCUUCCACGACCUGCGCAAGGAGUUCGUACGGGCUUACAGGCCGACUCCACCUGACCAUCCCAAAUGUCUUCUAGACAUGCUAAACUAUUUAGGUAUAACUCCGUACGCCGGUGAAAAAAUAUAUGCAGCAGAAGUCAAAGACAUGGCGAGCAUAAUACAAAGGAUAAUUACUGAUGGUUUUAGCUUAGAACUACCGGAAACGAUAGUAUUAGAAACUGAAAAUAGCUCAAAAGACUAUGAAAUAGACGGGAAUUCCGUAGUGCGAGUGCAUGGUACUCCAUGCCAAUCGUCAGAUAAAGAUAUCGCCAAUUUUUUCCGUGGACUGAACGUCGCCAAGGGCGGAGUAGCUCUAUGCCUCUUUGCUCUUUUCCUUUAUUUCUUUCUUUCGAUACAUGAAGGUGUACCAAGGAGAGAAGAAGUGGCACCGAGUGCGUGGAAUGUAACCAUCACGCCACCUGCACCGAGUGCGUGGAACGUAACCACCCCGCCAUCUCAACCGAGUGUGUGGAACGUAACCAAACCGCCACCUGCGCCGAAUGCGUGGAUCGUAACCACCCCGCCACCUGCACCGAGUGCGUGGAACGUAACCACCCCGCCAUCUCAACCGAGUGUGUGGAACGUAACCAAACCGCCACCUGCGCCGAAUGCGUGGAUCGUAACCACCCCGCCACCUGCACCGAGUGCGUGGAACGUAACCACCCCGCCCCCUACACCGAGUGUGUGGAACGCAACCGCCCCGUUGGCGUAUUUGUCGAGAGGCGCGGAGGUCAUUGUGGAGAUGAGGGGCCUGCCUUACAACGCCACGUCGCAGCAAGUGAUGGAUUUUUUCUCAACGGGCGAGGAUCCCGUGAACGUGCUAGACGGCGCUGAAGGGAUAUUGUUCGUGACGCGUGCGGACGGCCGGGCCACGGGGGACGCCUUCGUGCUGUUCGCGAAAGAGAAGGAUUCGCCCAAAGCGUUGUCGCGACAUCGGAAGCUCUUAGGAGAUAGAUACAUAGAACUGUUCCGGUCUACCGCUGCCCAAGUGCAGAAUGUGCUAAACCGGUCGCUAGAGACGCACACGAGUCAGUCACCGGUGACGCUGCUGCCUCAACACGUCAUCGCGUCGGGCUCCGCCAAGGACUGCGUGAGACUUCGGGGAUUCCCCUACGAGGCACAAGUGUGGCAUAUUUUGAUGUUCUUGGAUAAGUUCGCACAAAACAUCGUCACACAUGGAGUUCACAUGGUACAUUACGCUGAUGGCUAUCCGAGCGGCGAAGCGUUCAUCCAGAUGGACAGCGAGAACAGUGCCUUCAUGUGCGCGCAACAGAAACACCGUCAGUGCAUGAGCUUCGGUAAGAAGCAGCGUUGUAUCGAGGUGUUGCAGUGCUCAGGGGACGAUAUGAACCUGGUGCUGACUGGCGGCGUAACCUCCACGACGUCCCCCAGUACGUUGCCGCCCCCGUAACUGUGAGUUAAGCGAGAUUGAAAGAGUUCAACGGGCGGGUUCAAAACCUAUGACAUCUAGUUGUUGAAUCCGGCCGGUCAAUCGUGAAGCAUCAAGGUUUAAAUCAAAUACUUACACAUUCGUCUAACAUAAUAUGUGUAUAUUAUAACUAACAGUGUGUUUAUUUGAUGAUAAGCCGUAAUAAUACUAUAGGUUAGGGUUGCCAACAUUUCUUUAUCGAAAUAUUGUGUCUUUUAAAAUUAGCAUUGUCUGUCUGUGACUUCAAAAUAUAUGUUAAUGUUUUCUCAUGUGCAUAGGCUCUUAUUUUGAUUAUUAGUUAUUUUACACAAUAAUAAAACACAAUAAAGCUUUUAAAUUUUUUUUUCAUUAUUUCAAACGCUCUUUACAAUAAAAAUGUAAAACAUUUAACAAGUUUGUUUAUUUCAUUUUUUACAGAUUAUGAGCACUUAAAGCAAAAAAGUGAUACUUUUUUAAAAAAUCAAUCGAUUGAAACAAAAAACGGCUAGAUGGAUCGAAUUGAAACUUCUAUAAAAGGCACACUUAACAUAAGUCAUUUUCCCAAUAUUCUCAAUGUGAUUUUCUACAAGACCCCUAGGGGUCCGUAAAAAGUCUAAAGUCUUACUAACUAUAAUAUACUAACAGGAGGUAUAUGAGUACGC